AACCCAUAUAUAACUAUGUUUGGGAACAGCAAGACGGGCAAUGAGGCAGUUGGGAACAGCGAGACGGGCAAUGAGGCAGUUGGGAACAGCGAGACGGGCAAUGAGGCAGUUGGGAACAGCGAGACGGGCAAUGAGGCAGUUGGGAACAGCGAGACGGGCAAUGAGGCAGUUGGGAACAGCGAGACGGGCAAUGAGGCAGUUGGGAACAGCGAAACGGGCAAUGAGGUAGUUGGGAACAGCGAGACGGGCAAUGAGGCAGUUGGGAACAGCGAGACGGGCAAUGAGGCAGUUGGGAACAGCGAGACGGGCAAUGAGGCAGUUGGGAACAGCGAGACGGGCAAUGAGGUAGUUGGGAACAGCGAGACGGGCAAUGAGGCAGUUGGGAACAGCGAGACGGGCAAUGAGGCAGUUGGGAACAGCGAGACGGGCAAUGAGGCAGUUGGGAACAGCGAGACGGGCAAUGAGGCAGUUGGGAACAGCGAGACGGGCAAUGAGGUAGUUGGGAACAGCGAGACGGGCAAUGAGGCAGUUGGGAACAGCGAGACGGGCAAUGAGGCAGUUGGGAACAGCGAGACGGGCAAUGAGGCAGUUGGGAACAGCGAGACGGGCAAUGAGGCAGUUGGGAACAGCGAGACGGGCAAUGAGGCAGUUGGGAACAGCGAGACGGGCAAUGAGGCAGUUGGGAACAGCGAGACGGGCAAUGAGGCAGUUGGGAACAGCGAGACGGGCAAUGAGGCAGUUGGGAACAGCGAGACGGGCAAUGAGGCAGUUGGGAACAGCGAGACGGGCAAUGAGGCAGUUGGGAACAGCGAGACGGGCAAUGAGGCAGUUGGGAACAGCGAGACGGGCAAUGAGGCAGUUGGGAACAGCGAGACGGGCAAUGAGGCAGUUGGGAACAGCGAGACGGGCAAUGAGGCAGUUGGGAACAGCGAGACGGGCAAUGAGGCAGUUGGGAACAGCGAGACGGGCAAUGAGGUAGUUGGGAACAGCGAGACGGGCAAUGAGGCAGUUGGGAACAGCGAGACGGGCAAUGAGGCAGUUGGGAACAGCGAGACGGGCAAUGAGGCAGUUGGGAACAGCGAGACGGGCAAUGAGGCAGUUGGGAACAGCGAGACGGGCAAUGAGGCAGUUGGGAACAGCGAGACGGGCAAUGAGGCAGUUGGGAACAGCGAGACGGGCAAUGAGGCAGUUGGGAACAGCGAGACGGGCAAUGAGGCAGUUGGGAACAGCGAGACGGGCAAUGAGGCAGUUGGGAACAGCGAGACGGGCAAUGAGGCAGUUGGGAACAGCGAGACGGGCAAUGAGGUAGUUGGGAACAGCGAGACGGGCAAUGAGGCAGUUGGGAACAGCGAGACGGGCAAUGAGGCAGUUGGGAACAGCGAGACGGGCAAUGAGGUAGUUGGGAACAGCGAGACGGGCAAUGAGGCAGUUGGGAACAGCGAGACGGGCAAUGAGGCAGUUGGGAACAGCGAGACGGGCAAUGAGGCAGUUGGGAACAGCGAGACGGGCAAUGAGGCAGUUGGGAACAGCGAGACGGGCAAUGAGGCAGUUGGGAACAGCGAGACGGGCAAUGAGGCAGUUGGGAACAGCGAGACGGGCAAUGAGGCAGUUGGGAACAGCGAGACGGGCAAUGAGGCAGUUGGGAACAGCGAGACGGGCAAUGAGGCAGUUGGGAACAGCGAGACGGGCAAUGAGGCAGUUGGGAACAGCGAGACGGGCAAUGAGGCAGUUGGGAACAGCGAGACGGGCAAUGAGGUAGUUGGGAACAGCGAGACGGGCAAUGAGGUAGUUGGGAACAGCGAGACGGGCAAUGAGGUAGUUGGGAACAGCGAGACGGGCAAUGAGGCAGUUGGGAACAGCGAGACGGGCAAUGAGGCAGUUGGGAACAGCGAGACGGGCAAUGAGGUAGUUGGGAACAGCGAGACGGGCAAUGAGGCAGUUGGGAACAGCGAGACGGGCAAUGAGGCAGUUGGGAACAGCGAGACGGGCAAUGAGGUAGUUGGGAACAGCGAGACGGGCAAUGAGGCAGUUGGGAACAGCGAGACGGGCAAUGAGGCAGUUGGGAACAGCGAGACGGGCAAUGAGGUAGUUGGGAACAGCGAGACGGGCAAUGAGGCAGUUGGGAACAGCGAGACGGGCAAUGAGGCAGUUGGGAACAGCGAGACGGGCAAUGAGGUAGUUGGGUGUUUCCUUUUUUCUAUGCAUGUCAUCUUGUUUUUUUUGGUCCAGUUACUGUAAAAUAUUGUGGAUGUG